AUGAGGAAAACCUCCGAGGAUUGUCUCACUUUGUCUCCAGACUGGAAAGUAGAAGAUGAGGACAUCACACAGUAUAGUCCAGGAGAAAACCCGGCUCCCUCCAAUGUCCAUCCGGCACCACCCAGUGUAGAUGGACCAUCGGAUUCCUCGUAUCCUGAGGAACCUCAGACUGUGCGGGACCGGGCCGGCCUUCCAACAGGGAAGAGCUUCUCCUGUACUGAGUGCGGGAAGAGGUUUCCGUCUACUCCAGUCUUACACACAUCAGAGAUCUCACACACAGGGGAGAAGCCAUAUUCCUGUCUGAAGUGUGGGAAAUGUUUUUUCAGAGAAGUCCAUCUUUACACACAUCAGAGAUCUCACACAGGGGAGAAGCCGUAUUCCUGUCCUGAGUGUGGGAAAUGUUUUUCAGACAAGUCCAGUCUUUACAACACAUCAGAGAUCUCACACAGGGGGAGAAGCCGUAUUCCUGUCCUGAGUGCGGGGAAAUGUUUUUUUCAGAGAAGUCCAAUCUUUACAAACAUCAGAGAUCUCACACAGGGGAGAAAGCCAUAUUCCUGUCCUGAGUGUGGGAAAUGUUUUUCACAGAAGUCCACACGGGGGAGAAGCCGUAUCUUUCCUGAGACAUCAGAGAUCAACAUCAGAGAUCACACGGGGAGAAGCCACUUUCCUGUCCUGAGUGAGGGAAAUGUUCCUCACUGA